AUGUUUCGCGCCGCAGGAAUGCAUGAGAAAACCUCGUUGGCUUUCUUGGCUUCUAAAGCUGUCAGUCAAUCGUCAACGGACGGCAAGCCAUCAUUUCCCAACAGCGGAUCACCACUCGGUGAAUUUUACACAUCGGAUUUGGCCACUCAAGUCCUUGAGCACCCUACUUUCCUGCCUCAUUCUGGCACAGAAAAGGUGUUCUAA